AUGUCUAGGAUGUCUUCCCUUCUUCUCUCCCUCCUCCUCCUCCUCGACCCGGCCGCGGCGGUGCGGGGCGAGCCCGGGCUCCUCCUCGCGAAGCACGCCCCCGCCUCGGUCGUGGCCGCCCCCGGCCUGAGCGGCAGCGGCGGCGGCGGCGGCGUCGGCGGCGAGCAGAAGGCCGUGGGGGCGGCGCUCUUGGCCACGCCCCGCGCCCGGCGCUCGCUCGCGAGCAUCGGAACGUACGGCACGAUCUUUGGGCGCAAGAUCGGGCAGACGAUGCAGAUCUUUGCGUACUCGAGCGACACGGCAACGAUCGGUACGUCCGGCGUGCUCAUCGACGCGGACACCGCCCUCUCCUGGCAAACCGUCGAGCUCGCCUUUGCCAACGGCGUGAUCGAGAGCGUCGCCGCCGAGAACGGCCUCACUGCGACUAUCAAAACGAACAACAAGGAAGUCGGCGUCGGCGACAUGGCUGGCUCGGGCGACACCCACCCCGCCGGCCUCGUCAUGACUGUCACCUUCACCUCCGGCACGGACAUGGACAGCGUGUACAUCGACUUCUCGUCGAGCACAACCGUGAUCUGCAUCUUGACCUGCGUCCCGUUUACCUCGACGCCCCGUGUGGCGACCGUCGUGCAGGACAAGAGCAACAACCUCUACCUGUUUGCCUCGCCCAACACGCCCACAGACGGCAAGGCUUCGACCAUCGAGAUUGCGGUCACGGGCGCCGUUGACGAGAGCGACAUCACCCCCCUUCUCACUGACAUGACGCUGCAGGUUGGCAGCGGCUUCUUCGGGCUGACCAUCCUCGACGGCACGUCGAAUCUCCCCGACGGCGAGGCGAUCGCCGUCACGUCUCGGCCCCUCCUCGACAUCGACGUGGACUCUGUGACGACCGCGGUCGUCGCCUCUCCCGCCGCCCCGGGAUUCGACGCGCUCAUCUUUGUCAUCGGGGCGGCCUUCGACCCGUGCGUCUUGUGCAACGCAAUCAUGACAAAGACUGGCAAAAGGCCCCGUUUGUACGGAAACCCGUGCCUGCCUGGCGACCCGACGAAAACCUACAAGGACGGCCCCAAAUCCACCGCCGACCUCGUCCAGUUGACUACCGAGUGCUACACGAACAUCGCGGACGAGAGUCCG